AUGCGCGUGGUGAAGGUCGUCGGCAAACGCGAGAUGGAGAAAUGCAAGAUCGACUACAGAAAGGAGCUGCUUGCUCUGGCAAAAUCCUCCAAUCCCAGCUAUCAGCAAAAGGACGUCCUGCCUCAAAACAUCUUCGUCGUCCAAAAGUCAGCCGCUCCAUGCUGGAUGGUGAAGAUUGGGGAUUUCGGAACUUCAAAGCGCGCGCAGGCGGAGAUAGAAUUUCAUACACAAGCUAGGACAUUCGCGUAUAGGGCUCCGGAGAUAAGUGGCCUAUACGAGUCAGAUGAGCUCAUCUCUGGAUACGACCAAUCGGUUGACAUGUGGUCCUUGGGCUGCGUCGCCUACGAGAUCAUUGCUCAGGUCGCGCCUUUGCCCAAGCCAUUGACCAUAAUGAACUUCUGCAACGGAAGACAUAGCUCCCAGAAGAGGGAUCAGCAUAAAAUCAGCUCGGAUGGCAUGGAUGUCCUCAAGUUGCUGAUUAAAGCCGACCCGAAAGAGCGAUUGACGGCAGAGAGUGCACUGGAAGCUCAAUGGAUUCUUCGCGAGAGCAGCCCAGUCUUGCUGUUUAGAAGUGCCGCCGGAAAUGGUGAUCUCGAAACUGUGCGUCUUCUCAAAGCCGGAGUCAACAUCGAUACCGUGGGCUCUGAUUCUUGGGCCGCAUUGAAUGAUGCCGCCUACCAUGGCCGACUAGCAGUGGCCAAAUUUCUCGUCCAAAAUGAGGCUUCAUUUGGAUUCUCAAUGACCUGGGGAAUGUCCCUUGCCGUUCGGCCGCUUUGA